AUGUUGGACUACCUGACCACACAGGCCCUGAUCAUCCGUAUAUGGGCCACUCUCCAGCGUGUAAUAGGAGCUAGCGACGCUAGGGUCCCCCGCCUCGCAGCGGUUGAGUUGGAUAACCUCUACACAGACUACGCGACCAGAAGCCAACCUGUGGAAUCUUACGAAUUUAUUACACACAUCUGGGAAGCUUUUCUACGUCUUGCAGGACAGGUAGAUCAUAAUGGAGAUGGACAUUCGCAGCUAGCUAGGGUUAUCCUGUGGCUAAGAAAGCUCCCUCUGAGGCAGCUCCCAGAGGUCCUCAUGCUAGAUGACAGUGAUGGAUAUCACGAACCUCGUCGGAUGAUCUUCCUGUGGGACGGCCUGAAUCGGAUCGAUCGUUUCCUGCCACCAUUCCGCGAAAGUCUCUUGAGAAAUGAAGCAGAAUUUCAACAGUACCUCAACACACAUGCCUUCGCUGCACUACUCACCGAGAUCUAUCUCAUAAGUGUUCCGCGGCAAGCUAUGUCGGCCAUAGAGGAGGUCACCGAGGGAACGGUAACACAAAUCAACGGCGAGGAAGUUGUAACUAGGAAUAUAUGCGCCGUUGAGCAUCUUGACAAGAAAGCUGCAGUUGCGGGUGUCUGGCUUGUGCACGCCGCUUAUAGACUGUGGCACUACGGUACACCAAACAACAUUUCACAGGGUGGCCCAUGGUGGCAGAGUAUGCAGAGUAGACUGUCUGACGACAACUGGAGUCCCACUGCCAUGCAUCUUGAGCGUUUGUGGUUCUGGAGGAACCAAUUCGAUGAGAUUCUUGACCACGGUGAUGUGUCCGCCAUGACUUUUGCCAUCGUCGCAAAAGCAGUGGACAAGAUGGACGGACUCUUUGGACGUGAUUCUAGAGAGGAUUGA